AUGGCUUCUCCGGUCCUGCUGAGCCUGUUGCUGUUCAUGCCUGAGACUUCGGCACCGAACAUCUUGCUGAGGCGAGCUCGUCGAUUGCGAGAGCUCACGGGCGACUCCCGCCUCCAGUCUCAAAGUGAGAUUGAUCAACGCAGCCUGUCUGCUUGCGACAUCCUCUUUUCCGCUCUCCUUCGACCCAUGGAGAUUAUGUUCAAGGACCCGUCCAUCUUCUUCGUUCACGUCUACACGGGAUACUUUUACGGGGAUUUCUACACAUUCUUCGAAGUGUUCACCUUGGUCUUCCUACCCUUCUACGGUUUCAAUCUGGGACAGACCGGACUCGCCUUUCUGUCAUGCAUGAUUGGCGUAAUGGUCGCUAUCCUUGGCUAUUUUGCCUACCUCUACUUCUACAUGGUGCCGGACAACCUGAAAGAACGGCCUCCGAGAGCAAGAACAUCGUCUUGUCCCGGCCAUUGUUGGCUCGUUCCUGCUGCCAAUUGGACUAUUCCUUUUCGCAUGGACGUCCGACUCCAAGAUACACUGUCCAUCUUCAUCUACAUCCCCUUCUCGUACCUACAGUAUGCGGCCUCCCUAUUUGCGGGAAACAGCGUGAUGAGAUCGGCGACCGCUUGCGCCAGUGCCAUAUUUGCGCGACCCCUCUUCAUCAACUUGGGGGUGCACAGGGGCGUGAGCGUUCUGGCCGGCCUGAGUGUGAUGGGGAUUUUUGGAACGACGGUCAUCUACAUCUUUGGAAAGCAGCUUCGAGCUCGGUCCAAGUUUGCACAAAACUAG